AUGCCGGCCAUGGUGGCGCAUGAGGUGGAGCGCGCGGGGGAGGCGCCGCACUUCCUCGUGGUCACGUUCCCGGCGCAGGGCCACAUCAACCCGGCGCGCCACCUCGCGCUGCGCCUCCUCAGCGCCUCGCCGGGCGCCCGCGUCACCUUCUCCACCCCCGUCUCCGCGUUCCGCAAGAUGUUCCCGGAGAACGAGGGCGCGGAGGCGGUGGGCCACGUCGACGGCGCCGGCGUCCACUACGUGCCCUACUCCGACGGCUUCGACGGCGGCCUCGACACGUCAGCGCACGACGUCUCGUACUACAUGUCCAAUCUCAAGGCCGCGGGGUCCCGCACGCUGGGAGGCGUGCUCGCGCGCCUCCGCGACGCCGGCGCCCCCGUCACGCAGGUGGUUUACACCGUGAUGCUCUCCUGGGUCGCCGGCGUCGCGCGCGCGCACGGCGUCCCCGCCGCGGCCUAUUGGAUCCAGCCGGCCACCGUGCUCGCCGCCUACCUCCACUUCUUCCGCGGCACCGACGACCUCGACCAGGCCGUCGCCGCCGCGGCGAGCGACCCGUGGGCGGACGUCCGCGUCCGGGGGCUGCCGCCGAUGCGCGUGCGCGACCUGCCGUCGUUCUUCACCAUCGCCUCCGACGUCGACCACCCCUACGCCUUCGUCCUCACCGCGUUCCGCGAGCUCCUCGACGUGCUGGACCGCGGGGACACGCCCACCGUGCUCGUCAACACGUUCGACGCCAUGGAGCCUGAUGCGGUGGCGACGCUGCACCAGCACGGCGUCGACGUCGUCCCCAUCGGCCCCGUGCUCUCCUUCCUGGACGCAUCGGCGACGUCGGUCAACAACGACAACGACCUGUUCAAGCCGGACGGCAAGGGGUACCUGGAGUGGCUGGAAGCGCAGGAAGCGGGGUCGGUCGUCUACAUCUCCUUCGGGAGCCUGUCGACGAUGAGCAAGCGGCAGAUCACGGAGGUGGCGCGCGGCAUGGCGGAGAUCGGCCGCCCGUUCCUGUGGGUGUUGAGGAAGGACAACCGCGGCGAGAUAGACGGCGACGAGUCGUGCAGCGGCAUCGGCUCCAGCGCGGGCAUGGUGGUGGAGUGGUGCGACCAGGGGAAGGUGCUGUCGCACCCGGCGGUGGGGUGCUUCGUGACGCACUGCGGGUGGAAUUCGACGCUGGAGAGCAUGGCAUGCGGCGUGCCGGUCGUGGGGGCGCCGCAGUGGUCGGACCAGGGCACCAAUGCGUGGCUGGUGGAGCGGAAGCUCGGCACCGGGGUCCGGGCCGCCGUGAGUGAGAAGGACGGCGUGCUGGAGGCCGACGAGCUGCGGAGGUGCAUCGGCUUCGCCACGUCGGAUGUGGUGCGCGCCAAGGCGGCGCUGUGGAGGGAGAAGGCGAGGGCGGCGGCGGCCGUGGGCGGCUCAUCCGAGAGGAACCUCAGGGCGUUCGUCGCCGGCAACUAG